AUGUUCUUUAAUUUCUCCAGUCCUUUCCACACCAUUCAGCCAGGACUCCUAAGGGACAAGCUGGAGCUGUCAGGCCAUAACAUGUCCAAGUGGUUUCUGGACUACUCACGGGCCGCCCACAGAAAAUCCCACCUGGCCAUAGUUCAAAGGGUGAACAAUGAAGGCGAGGGAGACCCCUUCUAUGAGGUUCUGGGAAUUGUCACCUUGGAGGACGUUAUUGAAGAAAUAAUCAAGUCAGAGAUCCUGGAUGAGACUGACUUGUACACCGACAACAAGACAAAGAAGAAAAUCACCCAUCGGGAAAGGAAGCAGGAUUUCUCUGCCUUCAAGCCCACUGACAAUGAAAUGAAGGUUAAAAUAUCACCUCAGCUUCUGCUGGCUACCCUGCGUUUCCUAGCUACAGAGGUGGAGCCGUUCUCUCCAGUGCAGAUGUCAGAAAAGAUCCUGCUGCGGUUACUGAAGCACCCGAACGUCAUCCAGGAGCUGAAAUAUGAUGAGAAUAAUAAGCGGGCAGUGGAGCACUACCUCUUCCACAGGAACAAGCCUGUGGAUUAUUUCAUCCUCAUCCUGCAGGGUAGAGUGGAGGUGGAGGCAGGAAAAGAGGGGAUGAAGUUUGAAGCAGGACCAUUCUCCUUCUACGGGAUGAUGGCUUUGACAGUAUCACCUGUGCCGCUGUCCCUGUCUCGUACGUUUGCAGUCAGUAGAGCAGAAUCGUUAGCAGGAUCUCCAGAAAACAAGUCCCCCCCGCGGUCAUUUGGCCUGAACCACUCAGAUUCCCUAAACAGGAGUGAUCGUAUAGAGGCCAUCACGCCGACGCUGGGUAGCAGCAAUAACCAGCUCAACUCGUUCCUUCAUAUCUACGUCCCAGAUUACUCUGUCAGAGCGCGGUCGGACCUGCAGUACAUCAAGGUGACUCGCCAACAGUACCAGAACGCCGUGAUGGCGUCAAGGAUGGACAAGACCCCCCAGUCCACAGACAGCGAGUUCACCAAGAUUGAGCUUACAUUGACUGAGCUUCACGAUGGAGUGGAGAUCCCGGCCCUCGUUACCACCACAGCCAGCACCACGACCACCUCCCCAGCCGUGGCUCUGGCCAUGGGCAACGAGACGUCUCACCUGCUGAACCAGCAGCAGAACUGUGUGGGUCUGAGCCGGAGUAACCACAGUGCCCACAACGAGGGACCCAUCUAGCCCUCAGCCCCCUGCUGCGCCUGGUGGAGAGUGAGACCCUCCAUAUGUAGAGCAGCGGCGUUAAGUGGAGAAGAGGGAAAGUGGGCCGAGUAAGGGUUCUGCUCCGACCUGAAGCACCCGCCCCCCACCCAUACAGUCAAUGAGAUCUUUCCAUUGUAAGGGGGAUGGCAGCAGAGGGGAUAAUGGAUGCUGCAAUGUCCUGAUCACCAGAACCUCCCACUGUACUGACAGAACCACUGCAGUGAGUUCCUUGUAUGGUGACAGUCUGUCACUUUCGAAGCGGCGACUCGGACUUGAGGACGACGGAGUGCGGGUCCGCUCACAACAUAACACAAAGCUUGCUGGACUUUCUCCUCAGGCCAAAGACUUUGGUCCCAUCCCAUCCCCUGACCCCCCCACGCCCCCCGGCACAGAAUAAAACCCUCCACUCCGGUGCAUCCUUCAGCGAGGCUCAGGCGACUGUCGGUCCCAUCAGACUCACACACAGAGCGACUGUUCGUCAAAGACUGCACCAAAAGAAACCGUCAAAUGAGAACCAAGAAUGUUUUCUUCUUGUAUUUAUUUAUUUUAUAAUAUUGUUUGUAUAUAUAUGUACGGAGAAGAGAUAAUGAACAAAAAAGCAUGUAUCCCCAGAACAUGCUACAUAUAUGAUGCAUUCACUGCAUAUAGAUGAGGGGGUGGGGAUCUUUCACAGAGAUACUAUUGUGUCCUCCAAAGAAAGACCAACUUCUUUGAGUUAGUGUGCAUUUAUUAGCUUCAGCUUGCACACCCAUUCACACAUCUGUCAUUAAUUAUUCUUCCUUUGAUAAACCCAUCUCCAUUACUUUAAUAAGAAUAGUGCUGACACCUAGUGGCCUAGUUGCACACAUCACAACAUCCCACUUUCUUUUAGUUAAAUGCUUCUUUCACUAUAACAUAAGAAACAUCUCAAAUAUGUAAGAAAAACAUUCUCAAUGACCUUUACACUAAUCAAGCAUUUUCUUAUUAUUCAAAAAACAAUACAUACACUUUUAUUUAAUGUUGUUUGAGUCACAGAUUUGGUGUCUAAGGUUUCCUGAAUUCUCUUUUAGACCCUAACACGGGUUCGUCUUCUCUUUUCUUUGUUGAGUUUUGAAGAAAACUGAGAAGUUUAUUCAAACUCAUUGUUAACCUCAGUGUCUUCGGCCAUUUCUGUGUUUAACAGGCUGCCCUUUUCAGUCCGCACUGCAAAAUUUCAAGGUCAAAAAGUAGCUCUGCUUUUCCAACCAUUGGGAUCUACACCUCUUACUUGCAAGUUAUAAAAGCUGCUCAACUGUUUCAUUAUAAACAUGCUUUUGCACAUCUUCAGCACUCUUAGCCUUCGCUGCAGCUUUGAAUUCCUCUCCUUUAUGUAACAAAGUAGGGGAGUUCUUAGUUUUCUGUUCAUCAACAGUUUACCUGGCGAUAGUCCACAUUCCAGUGCUGACGCUCGAUAGUUUGAUAGAGCAAGGCAAGGCUGUGAGCUGCUAUCAGUAGCUGUUUAAGAGUGUGAACUCUCAGCUGUCCCAUUUGACUGAGGAUGCAGUGGCUGGAUGUCACAUGUCCAAAGCCAUAGUGAUCUUAACUUGUUCCACUCCCUGCUACUAAACCGUGCUCCAUUGUCUCUCACAACUAUGUGUGGUACAGUAGCCAUUUAAAGUUUCCUUGGCUGGUCCCCUAAAAUUCCUUUUUAAACAUCAAUCUUUGUACUAAAAUAUUGUUUCUUUCAUGAUUUGUGGACAUUAAGAUCUAAAGAGAAACAUUAUCUCCUGGUCAGACCCUGUAAUUCAGGGAAAGGGUGGAGACAGACUAAUAGAAAUGUCACGCCCAGGAGAAGGCCAGUGGCUGGAAGUUGGAUUGGAUUUGGCUGCUAUUCGAAUGGCGUUGGACUGGGAAGGGCCGUUUUGAAUGGCUGCUACUGUAGACCACGUCUAGCAAAAAUGGAUUUUGCAUCCAUUGUCACAGAAGGUAAGGAUGUGCUUGGCGGUAGGGGCAUCUCAGGAAAGUUUGAGUGAUAGUCCAUGACGACUAAGUAAUUUUUUUAAUCCAUUGCAACUUUAUGCCACAGUGCUGCGAGCAUACCUGUAAUGAUCACGGUCUCUUCGUCAGCUAUCACAUUUCACUAUCCAUCUUUCAAAAUCUUUAUUUAUUCUUGGCCAGAGUCUUCUCUUUCAUUUUUCAGUACUCCUCAUGUUCUCUAUUCACGGUGUAUUUAAUGUAAUCUCUGUGGGAUGACAAUCCUGUUUUGCUUUAAGAGCAGUCCAUCCACAAAACUUCACUCUCCCCUGAUAUGGUUGAACAGUAGACUGGAUCCUGCUGGCCAUGUCCGUCCAUGUGAUCAAUGGUGUUCUUAAAGUGAAUAUAAGCUUGAACACCUUUAAGUCCGUCAACUUUAUGUUUGAUUGCUCUAUGAAAUAUUUCAGAUACUGAGAUCAUUCCACAAGGUAACCUUAGGAAAUUGUAUCUGCCAAAGGGAGUGUUGAUAGUACAGUAAUUGCUUCUUCUGUCAUUGAGUAUAAGUUGCCAAAAACCUGAAUAUUUGGCUCCCAGCAUUUCACUUGUGAUCUUUUUCACAUUUAAGUAUCUACUAAUGUUCACGUUUAAUGAUGUCAUCUAAGUCCUUCAUGCCUCUAUUCUUUUUCUACUCGCACCACGGACCUCAGCCAGUCUGUUGGUCCACACCAGGCGUUAUUAUGUACUCCAAUUCCUUUACUUUUUCUCCCAGAGGUGCUGGAACUCGUCUAGCAGGAUGUACAUUAUCUUUUAAUUGGAUUUUAAAUGUAAAUGGCUGCAUAAUUGUGCAUUACAGUUUCAACAGUCAUUUACUGUACUCAUAAUGAUCUGAUGUGAUUCGCCCUAUCAUUGCCUAGAUGUUCAGUGCUUUAAUGCAGACCAGGUUUGCCUCAGCACCUGUGUCCAAUUUCAUGACCACAUCAGUCCCAUUAAUCUGCAGUGGUGCUAUCCAUUUAUCUUCUUGCACAGUGUUAAACAGUUUGUGUGUCGUCUUCACUGUUCACUACACACACAAAUGUGUCUCAGAGUUCAUCAUCUUCCACUAUGUUGACAGAUUUCCCUUUCUUUUCAUUUUAAGAGGCACUAUUCAACAAAAUGAUUUGAUCCUCUGCACUAAGAAGAUUAACAGAAGCAGGACUUUUGUUUGGGCCUGUGUCGUAAACCACAUUGCUUGCACGCAAACGUCUCUUCUUCUGAUUCAUUUACGAGCUGAUUUCACCUGUCAUGUCUUAACUUUUCUGGAAACCGCACCAACAGUUGAAUCGUCGAUCAAAUUGGCUAUCUCUUUAAAAGUCCUCAGGUGUGUCCUGGAGAGUUCACUGGCUCUUUCUUUCCCGUGUAAGUUGUGUCUCUCUCAGCAGCCUGUCUCUGGCUUGUUUUGUCCCCCCCCACACUAAACACAACCUGGUCCCUGAUCAUGAAGUUGAGGAGUCAAAGUUGCACGGCUGAACUUUCAACUUCAGGUCAAAUAGAAAAACAUCUAAUGGUUCCUGCUGUUGCUGUGCAUUAGAUCGGAACACAUGCAUCAAAUUGUUCAAGAACUAUACCUAAGCUCUAUCUUUAUCCUCUCUGUUACUAAACUUAAAGGUGUUGAACACAUCAAUGGCUUGUGGGCCUGAAAAUGUUGAUAUUACCCGUUACUUUCAAAGUGUGUGGCGGCAUCAGAUCAUACGUGAUUCCUCUGGUCACCAAGACCUUCCUUUGACUCCUGACACCAUGUUCUCCAAAGCAAAACCAACUUCUUUGCGUUUCUUUCUUAGCUUCAUCAUACACAACCAUUUACAUGCCUGUCAUUAAUUCCUCACCCUGUUCUUAUCAUUCUUAUCAUCUCCAUUAUGUUCCUAAAAACUGCUGACACCUAGUGGCAUACAGUAGUUGCACAUAUCACAACAGACACUUCGUACAUUACAGAC